AUGGACCAUUCUCUUGGAGCUUUGUUAGGCCAGAACAAUGACCAAGGGCAAGAGCAAGCCAUCUACUACUUAAGUAGAACUAUGAUGGGAGGUGAACACCGAUAUAAUCCUGUUGAAAAAGAAUGUCUCGCUCUGAUAUUCGCUAUCCAAAAUAUGCGACAUUAUCUAGUCAAACAAACUAUUCACGUCAUUUCUAAGGCUGUCAAAGGUCAAGCCUUGGCGGAUUUCUUGGCUGAUCAUCCGGCACCGGGAUCGUCUAAGUUGUAUGAAGAUUUACCUGACGAAGUUGCUGAGGCAUUUGUGCUAGAGCAAGCUCGGAAGUUCAAAGGCUUCUUUGUCGGAUAUAUUCCUCGAGCUCAGAACACCUAUGCAGAUGCUUUAGAUUCAUUGGAAACUUCAUUAGUAUUGCCACCAGGGGUUGAAAUAAUAAUUCCGAUCACAGGACGUGAAUUGUACUACUCUAAACUUGUUACAGAUGAUCGCUCAAACAAAGCCACAUCAGAAGAAGCUUGCGCAACCACAAUGGAGUUUGAACCCAGGGAUUGGAGAUUUCCGUAUAUUGACUAUGUCAUGUACGAAAUUUUGCCUGACAAUUCCAAGGAAGCAGCCACGAUCAAACGAAAAGCCCUCCGAUUGUAUUACGACAUAGUUUCUUAG